CAAAGUACUAGCUACUAGCUACUAGCUACUUAGCCUAGUACUAGAACUGGACAGCAAGAACCCUAAAUCUCUUCUUUUACUGUGAAACCUUCAUAUCCCACUUCUCAAUUGCCAUUUUCCUACGAGUUCCUCGCUCAGCGAUGAUAGCUAUGAAAGCCAUCAUUCACAAUCUUCUCCAGCUUCUAUAGACAUGAAAACUCCCAUUCCCCUUCUGCUAGCUGCUGGCCUUGCCGCAGCAGCACCUCAACAGGCACCCUUAUCGCUCACCUCUGACCCCUCGGACAUCAUCGAUGCCUCACCGUUCCUUUCGUUUCACCGCAACCUCGUCCAAAUUCCCUCCGUGUCCGGCAACGAAACCGCCGUCGGGCUCUUCCUCGCCGACUUUCUCGAAGCGCACAAUUUCACGGUGAUCAAGCAGCCCGUUCCCGCCGGCAACCAGGCAACGGACACGCCCACCGACACGAACCGAUUCAAUAUCUUCGCCUACCCGGCCUCCUCGCCCUCGCAGGACCGGCCCGAGAUCCUUCUCACCAGCCACAUCGACACGGUCCCGCCUUUCCUCCCGUAUACCCUCCACGAUGACCACGGCGACCGGUCCGCCCUGGUCCUGGCCGGCCGCGGCACCGUCGACGCCAAAGCCAGCGUCGCCGCGCAGGUCUUCGCCGUCCUCGAGACCCUGGAGGCGCACCCGGCGGCCAGCCUGGGGCUUCUCUUCGUGGUCGACGAGGAGGUCGGCGGCCUGGGGAUGCGCGUCUUCUCGGACUCGCCGCUCAACCCGACGACCCCGUCGCCCUUCCAUACCGUCAUCUUCGGCGAGCCCACCGAGCUGGCCCUCGUCUCCGGCCACAAGGGCAUGCUCGAGUUCCCGCUCCUGGCCAAGGGCCAGGCCGCCCACUCCGGCUACCCCUGGCUCGGCCGGAGCGCCGUCUCCGCGCUCCUGCCCGCGCUGUCGCGGCUGGAUGCGCUGGGCGAGAUCCCCGCCGAAGAUGGCGGUCUGCCGGCCAGCCCGAAAUUCGGCCGCACGACGGUGAACAUCGGUCGCGUCGAUGCCGGCGUCGCCGCCAAUGUUGUCCCCGCCAAGGCGCGCGCGGAGGUCGCCAUUCGACUGGCCGAGGGCACGCCGGACGACGCGCGGAAGAUCAUCGCGCAGGCGGUCCAGGAUGCCACACACGGUGAUGAGAACGUCUACUGCGAUUUCGAGGUGUACAGCGGAGGGUAUCCGCCCCAGGACUUGGAUACCGAUGUCCCUGGCUUUGAGAUCAUGCCCGUGAACUACGGCACCGAUGUGCCCAACCUGAAGGUUUCGGAGAAUGUGAAGCGAUACCUCUAUGGGCCGGGAAGCAUUCAUGUUGCGCACGGGGACGAUGAGGCGAUCACCGUCGGGCAACUAGAAGAGGCUGUACGGGGGUAUAAGCGACUGAUUGAUGCGGCUGUUCAGCGGGGCCUCAAGUCGGAGUAAGUUUCAAGGAUUGGGUGGUGGCGGCGGUGGUUGAUGUAGUGAGCUGUGAAGAAUGGUCCCCUUUCGCAUGGGAUCUACAAGACCAUGGAGGCAGGUUUCGAGGCUAUGAUGCGAGCGGUCGAAAGUAUGGAAUUUUGGAUAUGCAACCUAUACAGAAUCGCCAAGCAGAUUACCACAACAA